CAAAACGAAAUAUUUUUGUUGUUAUAUUGGAUUGCGUUUCCAUUCCUAUCUGUAUUUCUAGAUUUUAUAACAGAACAGUUCUUAUUUCUUUCCAUUUAAAAAAAAGUAACAAUGACAGAAGUUCAGUUACAAGAAUUUAAACUUGAGCCAAAUUCUGAACUACGUUUUGAAGUCGAAUCAAAAAAUGAAAAAGUAGUUCUUGAGGUUAAAAGUGGCUACGCCGAGCUGUUUGGGACAGAGUUGGUGAAGGGGAAACCAUAUGAAUUCCAUACAGGUGCUAAAGUGGCUGUGUUCACGUGGCACGGCUGCACAGUAGAGCUCAGAGGCAGGACGGAAGUUAGUUAUGUGGCGAAGGAGACACCAAUGGUAAUCUAUCUAAAUGUCCAUGCGGCAUUGGAACAGCAGAGGGUUGCCGCAGAGCAGGAGAACACACGGGGCCCCGUCACCAUGAUUGUGGGCCCCGGGGAUGUGGGCAAGUCCACACUCACACGUUUGUUGCUGAACUAUGCAGUGCGGAUGGGUCGGAGACCUAUAUAUGUAGAUCUAGAUGUCGGCCAAGGUCAUAUAAGUGUCCCUGGGACAAUUGGUGCGCUCCUUGUGGAGCGUCCGGCUUCCAUUGAGGAGGGCUUCAGUCAACAGGCCCCGCUUGUCUACCACUUUGGUCACAAGUCCCCCGAAGAGAACAUUGAGCUCUACAACACAAUUGUCUCCCGGCUGGCUGAGGUCAUUGCUGAGAGGUGUGAAAAUAAUAAAAAAGCAUCAACAUCUGGCGUGAUCAUCAACACCUGCGGCUGGAUCAAGGGUGCGGGAUACAAGGUGCUGACACACGCCGCACAGGCCUUCGAGGUGGAUGUGAUAUUAGUGUUGGACAAUGAGAGAUUAUACAAUGAACUGAAACGGGAUAUGCCAAAGUUUGUGAAAGUUGUGUACUUGCCCAAAAGUGGAGGAGUGGCGGAGCGGUCGCCGGCGCAACGCGCAGAGGGGCGCGACGCUCGCAUUCGGGAGUACUUCUACGGCCGCCGCACGCCAUACUACCCCCACUCCUUCGAUGUCAAGUACUCGGACCUCAAGAUAUAUAAGGUGGGGGCGCCCUCGCUGCCGGAUUCGUGUAUGCCGCUGGGCAUGCGAGCGGAGGAAGCGCUCACCAAGCUGGUGAGUGUGUCCCCCGGGCCCGCGCUGCAGCAUCGCCUGCUCGCCGUCUCCUUCGCAGCCGAGCCAGACGACCACGUGCCGCACUGCAACCUCGCCGGCUUCGUCUGCGUGACUGCGGUGGACCCGGAGCGGCAGACUAUGACAAUCCUGUCUCCGCAGCCGCGGCCGCUGCCCACCACUGUGCUGCUGCUGUCCGAGCUGCAGUACAUGGACAACCACUAGCAUGUGCGACUCUCCACUAGUUGGCACCUCUUGUGACAAGUGUUCAGUGAAACUUUGUCUGUGAAUAAACUCGAAAGUUAAACUUGAAUUUUCCUGUGAUUGAGC